AUGAGCUGCAUCGUAAUCCCACCGGCUUGUUCUCCAGAUGAGAUGGAUCUUCAGGACGAAAAAGGUGAAGUGAAAAUGGAGGAUGAGUGUAUUGAAAACAAGCAAUCAACAGCUGCUUCGUGCUCCUCUGUAUCUGAAGGCAGUGCCAGUAGUUUACUCAAGUCACCUGCGAUUGCAAGUCCCGUCACGCUAUCUCCAACUCACAGGAGGACGAGUGGUCCUAUAAGGCGAGCCAAAGGCGGUUGGACUCCAGAAGAGGAUGAGACAUUGAGACAAGCCGUUGGCACGUUUAAUGGGAAGAGCUGGAAGAAAAUAGCGGAGUUUUUCCCCGAGAGGACUGAAGUUCAAUGCCUGCACCGGUGGCAGAAAGUUCUGAAUCCGGACCUUGUAAAAGGACCUUGGACACAAGAGGAGGAUGAUAAAAUCGUUGAGCUUGUUGAAAAGUAUGGACCUGCGAAAUGGUCAGUUAUCGCAAGGUCUUUACCAGGUCGAAUUGGGAAGCAAUGUCGUGAAAGGUGGCACAACCAUUUGAAUCCUGGUAUUAACAAGGAUGCUUGGACCUCAGAGGAAGAAUUAGCUCUCAUGAAUGCUCAUCAAGUCCAUGGAAACAAAUGGGCUGAGAUUGCUAAGGUCUUACCUGGCAGAACCGACAAUUCAAUAAAGAACCACUGGAAUAGCUCACUGAAGAAGAAGUCAGAACUCUACUUUGCUACAGGUGUCUUACCACCAGCAGUAGCAAAGAACUUUGCUCCUGACAGUGCAAGUAAACAUUUCUCGUCUUCUCAGAAAAGGGAUCCUGAUUCAGUUGCUCAAGCUAUGGAUAUAAGCAGUCCAUAUGAAGACAGAAAAGGCCAAUUAAACUCUUGUGUUCCAAUUGCAGAAGUAGUAGCAGCUGCUUCACCAAUGAUGACCGAUGUGAAUGGGUAUGCUCGUCGCUCUCCUCAGCUGCCUAACACAGAGCCGUUGCCAGAGAAUGGUUAUCAUCAUUACUACAAGCCCCAAUAUUACAUGGCGUCAGAAGCGGAUAAGCAGCGGAUGUACGGGUAUGACGAAUGUGGUUGCAGUCCAAGCGCAUCACCGGUCAUCUUCUUCACUCCACCGCCUAGUAGAAAAGAGUACAGUAACGGUUUAGCUCCAAGAAGCCCUGAGUCUUUCCUGAGAGAAGCUGCUAGAACUUUCCCAAACACACCUUCUAUAUUCAGGAAAAGACGACUCAAGAUUGUUGUUCCGGAUGCCGCCGAGAGAAGAGAUGAAGAAGAAGCUAAAGAGGUUGAUCAAAAGGUGAAUGAUGAUGAUAGAACAGAAAGCCCUGGCUGUGAAGAGAAGGAAAAUAAUGGAUCAGAUGCUUACAAUCUAUCUCCUCCGUACCGGAUCAGAUCAAAGAGAACAGCUGUUUUCAAAUCAAGACAGCUUGAGUUCAUCUCUGCAGAGGAAGAGAAGGCUGAUGAUGAAACCAAAUCACCUGAGGUAGAUAAGAUGGUUGAUGGAGACUCUCAACUCCUAGGGUAG